AUUUUAUGCUAGCCAUGUUGAGAGAUAUUGUACACUGAAUGACAAUUGCACCUCAAGGUCCUGGUCUCGUUUUCGUCGGAUUUACGUUUCGCUCGUUUAUUUACUUUUUCGACACUUUCGUCAAACAAGUUAUUUUACACUUCACACCAUUAUGUCAUUUAUGGAGAGCGAAAACUGGUUAGCGCUCUUCGAAAGUGUAUCGCGAAUUAGCAAAAGCAAGGGUGCUGAACUCGAUCAAGAAUCUGAUGAAAAACCUUUCACCAGGGCGGAGAUAUCAUACCUCAACAAGUUGCUGAAUUCUAAGCUUUUUGAGACGCACGACUUGGACUUUGAAAUCCUGCGGUCUGACCCCAACCAUCCUCUUCAUUCCGUUCGCACGUUUCAAGAAUUAAACUUAAAGGAACCUCUUCUGAAAGGUAUUGCAGCUAUGGGGUUUUACAAACCAUCCACUAUACAAGAGCGAGCUUUGAGCAGCCUAAUAUCUGACAACCCACAAAAUAUGAUUGCACAGUCUCAGUCUGGUACUGGAAAAACAGCAACAUUUCUUCUUGCUAUGUUGUCACGUAUUAGCACAGAUGUACAUUACUGUCAAUGCUUGUGUAUGGCACCUACACGUGAGUUGGCAUUGCAGAUAGAAUCAGUUGGUCGACAAAUGGCACAGUUCAUGACGGAGGUAUCUUUUGCUACAGCAGUCCGUUCACCACGUGUCAAAGUCGAUUCGAAUGGGUACGUAACUGAUCAGAUUGUUAUUGGUACUCCGGGUACAAUCGCGAAUUGGUUUCGUGGUACAGGAGAGUAUCGUAUUGAUCCAUCCAAAGUUGUUAUGUUUGUAUUAGAUGAAGCUGACAUAAUGAUAGAAGAAGAAGGUUUUCUCAAUAUAUGCAUGCGGGUUAAAAAGAAGUUGUCUAGAAAUUGCCAAAUCCUAUUGUUCUCAGCUACGUAUGAGGAUUCCAUUAUUGAUUUUGCACAUGAGUUUGUUCCCAAUCCGAUAGAGUUUCGCGUAAAGCGUACACAACUUCCUUUGAAGAAUAUUAAACAGUUUUACAUGUGCUUUAAUGAUUGGAUUGAAAAGUAUCAGGCGCUAAAAGAUAUAUAUGGAGGUUUUGAAGUUGGCCAAGCAAUUAUAUUUUGUGCAACACGACAGGAAGCUAGUUGGCUGGACGGGAAAAUGAAUUUGGAUGGUCAUAAAGUCUACAUACUUUCCGGUGAUUUAGAUGUUUCUCAACGCGAAAAAGUCAUUGAAGAUUUUCGUUCAUCAAAUUUCCGAGUUUUAAUUACAACUAAUGUGUGUUCUCGAGGCUUAGAUAUUCCACAAGUGAAUUUAAUAAUAAAUUGGAAUAUGCCAACAACAAGAACUGGUAGUGCUGAUUGGGAAACUUAUUUACAUCGUAUCGGUAGAUCCGGUCGUUUUGGAAAAGAAGGAAUAGCAGUCAAUUUUAUAGUGAAUGAAGAAAUGUACUUGUUAAAAGAAUUAGAAUCACAUUUUGGUUAGUUGUUAAACUUCAUGUUUUUUGUUCUUUUGCAAUUGACGAGAAAGUUUAUUAUCAUAACUUGUAGAUAAUUGAUUAUCUUCACCUAUUGUCCUCUCAUUUUUAUACCUCAGGUUUUGUGUGAUCGUUGCUCUUAUUACAUCAAAAUAUCGUAAUAUACAUUGGAUCUUUAAAGAUAGAAAUUUAUUUAGGCUUUCUCUUCAGCUAUAACUUAUUCUGUUAAUGUGAGUUUCAAGAGCAGAUGAUAUAGCGAAUUCAUCAGAAACCAACUGUAAAAGUGUUUUGUUAAAUGGUCAUGUUGGGUGUACAGUUUAUUUAUGGAUCUUUUCUUACGUUAUUGUUUUAUUGACAGACAUAAUGGAAAUUAUGACAUUCAAUCGUUUUAUAACUGUUUAUGGUGAGGCGAUAAGCACAUAUGCAUAUAAAUAUUGGUAAAAAUAUUUCUAUUGGCUUCUAGGUACACAAUCGGUUAACCUCUUUCAUAUAGGAUGGUAAAUAAAGUCCAUUUAGAUGCAAUCGUUGAUCACAAAUUGACUUGAAUACUGUGCCUUCAAUUUUAUACGAACCGAAAGAUAUAACGAAGAAAUACUAGAAAAUUGAAUUACAUUAAUUGGGACAAGCAUUACAUUAGAUAGUGUUUGUCUUGGAUUACGUCUAGUUAUUGUUAUUGUUUAUUUAUGUAUAGUUUAUCUCUAUUGUUUAUUUGAUGGAAUAUUAAAAUUUGAUGCAAUAAACAUCAUAUACUGUAAGCGUUUUAAUCAUUUACAUUAUGAUUUAUUUAACAUUUAUUCUAAUUCUGUUUUAAUAUUAGAAAUAGAAAUUCCUGAAUUAACUGCUGAUGAUUUGAACAGAUUUUAAUUGAAGAUCCAUUGGUUUGUCAUAUAUAUAUUUUUGUAUUUCUUCUCAGUUCUGAUGUCACCAUCAGAUAUUGUAUCAUCAUUUUUCUGUCGGUCAGUGUUGAUUUUAUUAUCAGAGUUUAAAAUAUAUUACUUCUGAUAUCU